AAGGAUACGCUGAACCAGAACAGGUAUUAAUUUCAAGAACCCUAAUUGUGAUAUUGUUUGGCUAGUGGCUAGACAGGAACACUAUUUAAAGUACCUUUUUCAAAAUUUAUUUUCCGGAGGAGGGGUUUCAGAGGUAAUCAGGUAACUGUUUCGAACAUGGGAGAUUCAUUUGACAAAGACUCCGUGAAUCCUAUGGAUUUCAAGUUUAAUUCUAAUAAAGAUUUGGGUCUUACUUUUGGAGAAUAUCUUAUUGAAGUGUCUUCUGCGACUGUCCAACUAUAUGAUAAUCAAAAGUCAUAUCUAAUAUAUGGUGAAAUCUUUGUUGUUGAUGAUAAAGGAGAAACAAUUCAUCUCUACAGGCGAGAUAAGGGGAAUCCUCAGUUUAUCUCCUCAGACAAUAACACCUUAUUGCUUAAUGGUCCACAAGACAGUAUUAUCACAAUCAAUGGAGCCCUUAGCAUGACUGUAAGUCUCAAGAUCUUGAGCCGGAACAAAAAAAAAACUGCUGGGAAUAUCCUUUUGCAGAGAAGGGAUUGGAUCUUGCAACUGAGGGUAACUCUAGCUGGUUACUUGCUGGAGGUAUAGGUCGGGGUCGGGGUCUUGAUAAUGUUUGGUUUGUGAAAGGGUGUUUAAAUUUGGACAAUACCGCUGAAGUUUGCUAUCAUGAAUUCAAAUCCUUAUCUUUUAAGGGUAUCCUUGGAUCUGUUUGUGUGAAUUAUAUUUCUAUGCCUUGUGGCCUUAUUGCUGAAGUGGAAGUAAUAAAAGUUGUUAAAGUAGGAGAAGAUGGUGUUGAAAGAAGUGGACUCCGCAAUGCUAAGAUUUAUGGAAGCAUCACAACUUGCUAUGGCAGGACUUUUGGGCACACUGCGGACGACUCUUCUACAGAAUAUCCUCCAAUUGUUCUUUAUAAGAAACUACCAAGGAAGCAUGAUCGACUGACUUACGGGAUUCCAAUAGAGUUGUGUAGAUCGUUGGUUUGCGUGCCAUCCUAUUCCUCCCUUUUGGUUACAUUAGACAUAACCUUGAGGGAGCGUGGUGCUAAAGAGAACAUUGUUCUCAAGGGGUCAAAAGAAUUCAAUAUCUGUGGAAAUUUUGUGACAUCUCCGGAAUUUUUGUCUGUUGGAAAUAUCUGUGUCAAAGCUAAAGUGAACUUCUUUACUAGUGAUCAAGGUGGAUUAGACCUCGAGAAAGAAAAGAACCGUGAAAGUCAACUGUCUCAUCAACAACCUGUCUCAGCCUCGAGUAUAUGCAGGAGUGUAUCACGAACAAGAAGAAUGACCUUUAAUGAACAAAUACAGGUGCUUUCAGUCUUUGUUGCUCAUGAAGGUAGGGAAAAAGUGGAUAUGUAUGGCACAAUCGCAGUUGAUUCCUCUCCUGGUAGGCAUUAUAUUUACAAAAGGGGUGAGUCUUGUCCUGAAAGCUUUCCUCGAAAUGGCAAAGCAGCAUCCCUGGAGGGGCUUACCAGUUACGAAGGGGAUACUUUUUCUAUGUACGUGAAGCUCAAGGAUAUUGCGGGGCAUGUGGAAAUUGAUAAUUGUUUUAUGAUGUACUAUCAUGUAUAUGAUCAUCCUGGACAGUGGUUUGAUAGGCCCCUAUGCCGUAUUCUUAUGGGGAAACAUAGCUUUACUGCAGUGAACUUCAUAGUAUUCAGCAGCGCUGUGAGGGCUACUGUGAAAAUCUCUGUCAUUGCCAAGGAUGCUUCUGCUUCUGUCCCCUUUGUGUAUGGGUCUAUUGUUGCGGAGUAUAGCAACUAUGAGUACUCAAAUAAUUACCAGAGAAAACACUGGCGCAUUGUACUUUUUGAAGAGGAGAAUGCGCGAUGCCUGACAGAGGAUGGUGAAGUGCCGCUUUCUAGGAAUGUGGUUUCUGUUCCAGAGGAAGAUUCGUCUUUGAUUGUUGAUGUAGACCUGCAUGCAAGUUUGGGAACAGCCGGAGCUUCUAGCUUGGACCAUUUUUUGGGUAAAGUUAAUAUCGGCGAUGAUGAAGGCCAGAAAAUUGAGGGACGAACUUAUGAUCUUGUUGUUUCGGGAAAAUUCAGAGGUUAGACCCAUCAAUCCGCUAAUUUAGCUACUCAUUAAUUUACUGUAAUAACAAGAUCAAGUUGUUUGUAACUUAGUAUUAUUAAGAUGUAGCCUGUAGGCAAGUGAAUUAUUCCUGAGAGAGAGUCUUGGAUUAAGUUAAAUUUGUACUCUGUAUUUCUAUUGUUUAUAUUGUAAGGAGCACUUUGUAAUCAAGUUCGAUUUUAUCUUUGAAGUUCAA